AUCCAGCCUCCUCCGGAUGGUGGUGGUGGAAUUGUCGAUCGAAGCCCUGGACCAAAGGCUGAAGCGCUCUCCAGAUGCCCUGUCUAUCGUAAAACCUAGCCUGAGCACUCUCUCUGCGAUCCAUCUUGGUUCCUGGGUACCGCCUGAUCCACGUUGUUGCGGCCAGAGCAGAUUUGUAGAUUCAAUUAGAUUCAGCAUCUAGCUUUGUGCUUGGUGAAGCUCUGGUUCUGUUUCUUGCAGCCAUGGAGGCCCUGGUGCAAAAUUGCCUUAGAAGAGCGCUGCAGGGCUCUAGAUCUGUCACAACUCAUUCUGCUGCACAGAGGACUGCGGCAAAGUGUCGACCGCAUGCAGCUGUGAUAGCAAGUCCGUUCUACUGCGAGGAAAACCUUCUUUCUGGCAGCACUGCAAUCGCCUCGGCUCAGAGCUUACCACCACCAAAAGAUCAGAUUGUGGUCCCUCUAGCAGGACACACUACUCUGUCAAAUGGUAAAAGCGCUGGGAGAACAGUGUUUGAUCUGAUAGCUCAUGGAGGCCAGCAGACGAUGUCUCAAGCAACAGGUUCUGGCGGCAGGAAUGGAUCUUACCAGAACUGGUUGGCGGCAGGAGCUUUCCCUGUUGCGGUUGCGGCAUACAGUGGUGUCGCUCUGGCAAAAGAAAAGGCGCCACUGGCGCUGCCAGGGGAAGUCGUGCUGUACCAGUAUGAAGCAUGCCCGUUCUGCAACAAAGUGAAAGCAUUCCUGGAUUACCAUGACAUCAGCUACAAGGUGGUUGAGGUGAACCCCAUUGGCAAGAAGGAGCUCAAAUGGUCAGAGUACAAGAAGGUGCCGGUGUUGGUUGUAGAUGGGGAGCCGCUGAACGACUCCACAAACAUUAUUUCCUUGUUGGACGAGCGGAUCUAUGGGAAGGACAAGAAGCCUGUCGCAUCGAACACGGAAGAGGAGAAGUGGCGAAGUUGGGUCGACGACUACUUCGUGCACCUGCUCUCGCCCAACAUCUACCGCACGCCGUCUGAAGCCCUUGAGGCCUUCGACUACAUCACGACAAACGGAAAUUUUACGGCCUGGGAGCGCGCAUAUGCAAAGUACAGCGGAGCAAUCGCGAUGUACUUCGUGGGGAAGCGGCUCAAGAAGAAGCACAACAUCGAGGACGAGAGGCGGGACCUCUUUCAAGCCGCGGACAAGUGGGUCGACGCCGUAGGGGGGCGACAAUUCAUGGGUGGCGAAAAGCCGAACCUUGCAGACCUUGCGGUGUUUGGGGUGUUACGGCCCAUUCGGAACAUGCAAACAGGCCGGGACUUGAUGGCAAAUAGCAAGAUCGGGCCUUGGUAUGCUCGAAUGGAGGCCGAAGUGGGGGAAAGCAACAGGCUUUCGGAUGCGCCACAUGUAUGAUGAGAUUUUACAAGAGCUACGUAUAUAAUGUGACAGGAUUGGGCGACUUAUCUGUCGAAACUGAAGUACAGGUGAUACCAUAUUCUUGGCAUCCCGCCGCAGUGUUUCUCAGUUCGCUAAUCUGUGAUGCACCUUAUAAUGUCAAAUGAAGCGGUGAAAGUCUGUACUGACCAAGGUAAUUGAACUGGUAAUACGUCGUCAGCAGGCCAAGGCGACUUCGAGCCAAUACAAGCUAGAUAAGUACGUGGCACGCAUAUGGCCUCUUCAAGUUGAUAGCCUGCGCUUCCAACGUACCCAACAUCCAUCGCACAAUCACGCGGGA